GGGUUAGCGUUGUGCGCAGGCGCAGUAAUUCACGGAGGGUUUUGCAGCUGGCGGUCAUGUCGGUCCAGGAGGAUCCGGUGCAGCGUGAGAUUCACCAGGACUGGGCGAACCGGGAGUACAUCGAGGUGAUCACCAGCUCUAUCAAGAAGAUCGCGGACUUCCUCAAUUCGUUCGACAUGUCCUGCCGCUCUCGCCUGGCCACACUCAAUGAAAAGCUGACAGCGCUAGAGAGGCGGAUUGAAUACAUCGAGGCCCGGGUAACAAAAGGUGAAACACUGACAUAGGUAUGCUGGAGACUGGCAGGGGACCAACCCAGAAAAGUAUGAUGCUGUCUACAAAGCUGAUGAUCAGACAUCAAGUUUCUUCAUUACUUCAUAUGGAUGGGAGUUAUGCUUGUUUCUACCCCUUGGGAAGCUGUAUCCCACAUUUGGAGUCUGUGACUUUGUGCUGAUGAUUCCAGCUGAAACAGCUAAAUUGUACAAGAGCAUGUUUAAUUAAUGUGGUUUUAUACAAGCAGAUUAAUACAGUUCAUACCCCCACAUCUUUGCAAAGCCCUCUUGCUUUGCAGCAAUGGAAUCCACAUUGAACCAAAUCUUAGUUUCUGGGAACACAAUUUGAGUUGGUUUUUUUAAAAUCUAAACAAAUCAGGAUGUCAGCACUGUGCAUAAUGGAUGGCUGUAGUGGCAGUUUCAAUAUACAUAGUAAGCAUCCUGCAGCUGGCUUUUGUUGCUGGAAGGUAGCGAAUAAUGUGCAUUGUUGCAGUUGCUCAAUCAAAUAAAUGUUCCAUAUGUAUUGGGGGUGGGGGUCUAUCAUGUGCCAAGGGAUGGGUGGCUGUGUUUUCUAAGUAUUUUGUAUAAUCUAAUGUAACUUGGGGCGUCUUUUUCAUUUGUGUUUCCACAGUAAAACCACCUCUGCUUAA